CCCAGUCCAGAUACAUAUAAGCCCUCGGCAUCAGGUAAUUUAGCAUCAGUCAUCAAAGCCGUUCAAAUGGGUUUCUCUUCUGCUUCAGCUCAGCAUUUUGUGGUGGUGCUGGGAAUCAUUCUACUGACCACCAAUCCUUGGGUCCAAGCAGGAAAGCUAAAGAUUAGCCAGUUUGAGAAGAGGAUCGAGGACACCGAUUAUGUGGAUAGCCUAGUAACUAUCGCCGAGGCCGAGACAAAUGUGUUGGAUGUUAGCGGACAACUCAAACUUCAUCAUCACGUCGACAACGAUUGGACGAUUGAAUUUAUUGUCUUACGAGCCGACGAAAGCGAUGGCGAAUACGACAAUAUACUUAAGAUUGAAUUGCCAGUUUGCGACUUUAUGGAGAGCUACUAUAAAAUAUUCUACGAAAAAAUCAAGGAUUACUCGAAUGCUCCGGAACCCGGAACCUGCCCCCUGCCGAAGGGGAAGUAUCGCUUGAGGGACUAUCCGUUGAACGUUCAUCUGUUAAAGAAAUUUAUGGCUCCUGGUCACUAUCGUAUUAAGUAUAAACUUAACAAAGACGACUCCCCAAAAUUAUAUUACAGGAUGGAAAUGGAGAUAGACUAAAGAAUCGUGCUCUUUUCUUGUAUGUUCCAUUUAUUGUGGUAGAAAUAAACCUAUUCGUAGGAUAUCAUCUGCUUUAA